UUCCAUCUCAAGCAUCUCCAAACAACCCCAAAAACAACCACUUAAAUCUGAAUUAGGAACCCUUUUCUCAGCAGCUCUCGCGGCGAUUAUUUUCAUUGUCCUUAUAACACUUCCUGACGAUGAGCCGAGCAGCCCGGAUCUUGUAUCCACAUCCACAAGCUCAGGCGCCGUCAUUGACCGUGAUCCGCACCGUUAGGUCAUUGAAACACCCGAGAAUUGGCAUCCCAUUCGCAAGAUCAACAUCAUGCACAGCUCGCCGGCAGUCCAAGUGUGACAGCGACCCAAAGCCCUGCAGCAAGAGCAACCCCACCGUCGCCACCCCCGCGUCGCCGACCACACUCUCCUUCUGGUCGUCGAGACCAAUAUGGCGCCGCGCCGGCAUCAACACGUUCCGCUGCCUCAUCGGCUGCACCUCGGGCGACUUCGCCGCCAUGUGGUUCCUCCAGUCGCAGCAUCCGGGCCUCGGCGUCGGGCUCGUCAUGGCGAUCUCCAUGGCUUCCGGGCUCACGACGUCCAUGCUCCUCGAGACGGUCCUCCUGCGCCUCGGCCGCGACAAGCUCCCCUGGACGGCGGCCGCCCGGACCGCCGCGGGCAUGAGCCUUAUCUCGAUGCUCACCAUGGAGAUGGCCGAGAACGCGGUCGACUUCCAUCUCACGGGCGGGGUCGUCGCUAUGGAUAGUCCUGCCUUCUGGGCUGCUGCGGCGGUGUCCAUGACGGCUGGGUUUCUGGCGCCGUUGCCUUAUAAUUAUAUCCGGCUGAGGAAAUAUGGCAAGGCGUGUCACUAGUUGAUGGGAUAUGGCGUGGGUUGUAUUGUAGGCAAUUAGAUGUAUUAAUAUAUUA